AUGCCGGAUCCCGUGGACGUCGGUAAGGCGAUAUCAAUCAGCAUUGACUACAACGCCAAUGAUGACGACGCGCGCAAGUCGGAGCCGGGCCAGGCCUCGCGCUUCUUGCGUCGAGUCGGCGGCAUUUUUCGGAAGCGGCUGGUCGGAUGCCGCCUACUGAUUGUGCUUCUCCUUCUGCUCGUUUCCGCAACUGUCUUUUGGAGUUCCAAAGGCUUCGAGAAGCAGAACGAUCUCAUGCUCAUGUCGGCCGCCGACGGUGCAGCCGAUGUGCUGAGUUGGAGGAACGAAACGCUGGCGUGGUCGCCGACCAAACGCGAAGAGCCACCUGCGAUUCCUGAGAUUUGGUUAAAACCAAAUGGAGGAGGAUACACUCCAUGUAUCGAGCGGUUGAAGAGUGAUAUCAGAAUAAGUAAUGCCACAAAAGGUUAUCUCUCUGUGUAUGCUAAUGGUGGACUGAAUCAGAUACGACUGGGUAUCAGCGAUAUGGUUGCCAUAGCAAAGCUAAUGAACGUCACGCUUGUAAUCCCUUCUAUUGAUAAUACUUCAUUCUGGAAAGACUCGAGCAACUUUCAAGAUAUAUUUGAUGUUGAGCACUUCAUAGAUGUUCUCGGAGAUGAUAUUAUGAUCGUCGAGUCCCUUCCACCCAAAUAUCAAAAUAUUACACCUUAUAUAAUGCCACCUAGAUCUUGGUCUUUGGAUUCUUAUUACAAGAAUUUAUCAAAAAUAUUCAAGGCACAUAGGGUUGUAAGUUUCACCCAUACGGACACUCGGCUCGCCAAUAAUAAUCUUUCUCAUGCAAUUCAAAAACUACGGUGCCGUGCAAACUAUCAAGCGCUACGGUUCACAUUGCAAAUCGAAGGGUUAGCAAUGAACAUAAUUGAUAAGUUGAAAAAUGGAACUACUAGACCAUUUAUGACUCUCCAUCUAAGAUAUGAGAAGGACAUGCUGGCAUUUACUGGUUGUGAUCAUCAAUUGGGACUAGAGGAGGCGAAAGAGAUAAAGGAGAUGCGGUAUGCGAAUCCUCGUUGGAAAGAAAAAAGUAUCAAUGGCACAGAGAGGCGGUUGGCUGGCCGUUGUCCGAUGACCCCACGUGAAAUCAGCCUAUUCCUAAAGGCUAUGGGUUAUCCUAACACAACCAACAUCUACAUUGCGGCAGGGGAGAUCUACGGGGCUAAUAGCAUGGAUGCUCUAAGAAAAGCAUAUCCGAAUCUUCACACACACUACACAACAACCACAAGCGAGGAAAUAGAGCCUUUCCAAAAGCACCAACACAAAUUAGCUGCAAUCGAUUACUAUGUCGCUAUUCGUAGUGACGUGUUUGUGUAUACUCAUGAUGGCAACAUGGCAAGAGCAGUCCAAGGUCACAGGAGAUUUGAAGGAUUCCUUAAGACAAUCAAUCCUGAUAGGAAAAGGAUUGUGGAAUUGAUAGAUCAACUGGAUGCGUUCACUAUUGAAUGGAGCGAAUUUGAAGAAAAGAUAAGAAAGUCACAUGCUAAUAGACUUGGAGGUCCCUAUGAACGAAAACCCGGAGCUGGACCUAAAUUUGAAGAGUACUUCUAUUCUAAUCCGCAACCUGGAUGUCUAUACUCAAACAACACGAGAGGAGGCGAGGCGAGGCGAAGCCUUUAG